AUGCCGCCUCCCAAUUGUCUCCUCCAUGUCGAGGACACCUUUGGACCCGUUGUCAAGGGAUGCGGGUCCAAUUUUGACUUCACUUUGUUGUUUGAGGAGACGAUUCUUUGUAUCCUUCCUCUUUGUGUCGCUAUUUGUCUUGCUAUCUUUCGAGUUACGCGACUUUGGAAGAAGCCGGUGAUCUUCAAGGGUUGUUUCAUAUUGCCGCUGAAGUUGAUCGCAUGGAAUUUAGUGCUUGGAUCGCAAGCGAGCGUUGUCGCGCUUUUCUCGAUUCGCGAUGAAACACGAACGAGAGCCAGUAUUGCCGCGGGGAGUAUUGGCAUAGUCGGCUCCGCGAUACUAGCAUGUCUAUCUUUCCUGGAGCAUCAGCGCGCGGUGCGCACCUCGUCCAUCUUGGUUCUGUACCUCCUGUCGACUAUCCCCAUGGAUGCCGCUCGCGCGCGAACCCUCUGGCGAAUGCUAGAUGGACGAGACCCUGCUAUUGCUGUUAUGGUGCUAGGAGCGACCAAGGUUUGCGCCCUGGUCACUGAGAUGCUGUGGAAGUGUUCGUUGGCAAACAGACAUGAACUAUGCGAUGCCCCAGAGGAGAGCAAUGGCAUUAUUGAACGUGCGCUUAUGCUCCGAAUGAUGCCCAUCUUCUGGGCUGGAUAUCGUACACCAUUGCAGACUGAACAUCUCUCCAAGCUUGACACCAAACUGCAAAAUGCCGAAUUAAGGCCGUCCGAAAAAGGACCAAAGAGAAAGCAGGCGCCGAUCAAGCUUGCAAAAGAGAUCUUCUUCUCUCACACUUACGAGUUUCUAGCGCCCAUAUUCCCCCGACUAUGCUACCUCUCCUUGACCUUUGCCCAACCAUUCCUCGUCCGUCGGGCGAUCGACUACAUCUCGAAACCAAAGACCGAGGGCUCUGGUGAGAGAGGCGAUGGACUCAUUGCAGCAUAUGCCCUUGUCUACUAUGGCAUCGCAUUCGUCUCCUCUCUGUACGAACAGAGCGCUGUUCGAGCCACCACCGUCGUCCGUGCCGAUCUAUCGAUGCGAAUUUACCAACAAUCACUGCUUCUGGAUCGCGUCGUGGACACAGGAGACUCAAGUACAACAAUGAUGACGGCUGAUGUCGAGCGCGUGCAGCUUGGAGUUCGAAAGCUACACGAUGCCUGGGCGAGCUUCGUAUCUGUUGCAAUUGGACUAUGGCUCAUCGAGGCACAACUAGGCCUUGCAGCAUUGGUUACACUGGGGCUAAUCGGAGGUUCUUUGCUGCUUGGCGGGUACUGGUCUGGACGCGCUAGUAGAUUCCAGAAGAACUGGAUGGCGGCCAUUGAGAAGCGACUUCACAAGACAGUGCAGGUCUUGAAGGGUAUCAAGAGCAUAAAGCAGAUGGGCGCGGCGCCAGCGAUAAAGACCAUGCUUGAAGACGAAAGACAAUCAGAGAUCAAGCUGUCCAAGAAAUUCCGCCUUCAGCUCAUCGCACUCGUAACCUUAUCCUUCACAUCUCUCACCAUGCUCCCUGCUCUGGGUCUGAGUGUUCACAACGCCGUAUCAGACAAAUCAUCAGGACGUAUCCUGACCGCACAAACAGCCUUCCAAGUCAUGACCCUCUUUAACAUCGUAAGCUCAAGUAUACAAGACUGUACCUCCCACGUCAUGGCCAUCAUGGUAGGCCUCGGCUCACUGCAACGUAUCGAGAGCUUCCUCAACCAGCACACCUGGACGGAUCCCCGAAAGUCCAUCAGAGAUGCUAGCAUCAGUACAGAUGAGAGUUCUGUUGGUGGUACGAGCGAGAAGAAGGUCCUCACCGACGUGGCUGUCAAGAUUCAAAACGUCAGCGCAAAGUGGACUGAAGAUGGUGAAGCUAUCAUCAGGGAUGCUACGUUUGACGUACCAGCCCAUGGACUAACUGUCGUCGCUGGGCCGACAGGCAGUGGAAAGUCGACUCUGCUGCGUGUCGUGUUGGGCGAUCUUGCACCAUCAUCUGGAACCGUUUCUGUCGAUGAUUCGCAGGUUGCUUUCUGCGACCAAACGCCUUGGAUCGCUAAUAUCAGCAUAAAGGAGAAUAUCGUGGGUGCCUUGCCUUUUUACGAAGAGCGCUAUCGCAUGGCGCUUCAUGCAUGUGCUCUAGAUCAGGACAUUGAGGAUCUGACCGAUGGAGACAAACAUCUUUGUGGUCUGAAUGGACAGUCUGUCAGUGGAGGACAGAAAGUUCGCAUAGCUCUAGCGCGUGCCAUCUACUCCAAGGCUACUCUUGUUCUUCUCGAUGAUUGUCUUGUAGGUCUAGACACCAACACUGAGCGCCAUAUCCUGGGCGAGAUCUUUGCGCCCCGAGGUCUUCUCAGCAGCGCACCCACUACGACUAUCCUCGCCACAAGUUCACCGAGAUAUCUCCCCUUCGCCAACUACAUCAUCCUCAUUGACGCCGACGGCCGCAUUGUUCGGCAAGGCACAUACGCCGAGAUUGCACCGCAUAUUGAGCAACUCGAACAUGACGUGCUGCAAGUAUCUGACCAUGCUGCAACUGCACGAGAACCUAGAGCCCAAGACUCUGACGAACUACCCAACACUGCCAUCACAAAUGACAUCGCUUUCAAGAAAGGCGCCAAUGGUGAUUGGGCAGUGUAUAAGUGGUACUUUGGAGUCAUUGGCUGGAUGGACUUUGUCGUCUUUCUAUUCCUCUGCUUGGGAUUCGUUAUAGGCGUCAUAUUCCCACAAAUAUACCUUGGACUAUGGUCGGAGAAGAGUCUCCAGAACCAAAUCGAUACGCUCCCGUCAUUCUAUGGCAUCUUCUUUGGAGUUGGCUCGAUGGCCUGGGUAGCUCUCUUUUCAGCAUGUGUAUGGCUCUUUUUACGCAUCGCAGUGCGGACUGCAGCGUUGUUCCACCAUCUCAUCCUCACCACAACACUCAAUGCCAGAAUGGAUUUCUUCUCCCAGACGGAUAGUGGAGUCACGUUAAACAGAUUUAGCCAGGACCUGCAGAUCACCGAUAUGGAGCUACCGCUAGCUUUCGUUGGCGCCACGAUGAACUUGCUGAUGCUUAUCGCGCAGUGCAUCGUUGUCACCAUCCAAUCUCACUACGCCGGCUUCGCAAUUUUGGCAAUUGCCGUUGUAAUCGGAUUCUUUCAUGAGUUUUAUCUUCGAACGUCUCGAAGACUUCGUGUCAUGGAUAUUGAGGCGAGGUCGCCUGUCUUAUCCCUUCUUCUGGAGUCUCUUGAUGGACUCGCCACUGUGCGUGCAUAUGGUUGGGCAGCCUGGUAUUUGAGAAGAGGAAUUGAGGUUCUUGAGCGAUCGCAAGUACCCUUUCACUUCUUGCAGUCUGCACAGGUUACCCUCAACCUUUCAGUGGACCUGUUCGUCGCGACUCUCGCUCUUGUGGUCAUAUCCAUUGCUGUCGUCCAGAUGAAUACCAGUGGUGGGAGUCUUGGUCUUGCGCUGUUUAACAUCGUGGGACUUGGACAGUCGGUCAAGGGUGUCGUCUUCUUCUGGACUUCACUUGAGAUCACACUCGGUGCAGUUGCUCGUAUCAGAGACUUUACUGAAGACACAAAGUCGGAGCAUGAGUCGGAUACGAAGCCUCCAGUGGAGUGGCCAUCGAGGGGCGAGAUUCACUUCAGCGAUGUAACGCUGACUCAUUCAACCUCGUUACCUCCAACUAUCUCAAAUCUCACACUGGAUAUCAAGCCAGGCUCCAAGAUGGCUAUUUGCGGCCGAACGGGCAGCGGCAAGAGCACUCUAGUCAAUUCAUUGCUCGGCCUGGUACAGGUGUCUUCAGGUAUCAUCACUAUUGACGAUGUUGACAUAUCAACCCUGGCCAAGGAUGAAGUGCGUUCUCGCUUCGUAGUCCUCCCGCAAGAAUCUCUCAUCCUCUCAGUAAGUAUACGAGAGUACGCCAAGCUCUUUGGCAUUUCAGACGAGCAGGAGAUCAUCCAAGGCCUCAAGAAGACAGGCCUCUGGCAGACCAUUGAGCAAGGAGGCGGCCUCGACAUGAUAGCUUCAAGCGACACCUUCUCCCACGGAGAGCGUCAGCUAUUCGCCAUGACAUUAGCUUGCCUUAAGAAGGGAAAGCUUGUGCUUAUGGAUGAACCUACAAGCCACGUCGAUAAUGACAUACAGACACAGCUGCGCCAGGCAGUAUUCGACACGUUCCCCGAUAGCACUGUCCUCUGUGUCACGCAUCAGGUUGCAACGAUCGUUGACUUUGAUAUAGUUCUAGUACUAGAUGAUGGAAAGAUUGUUGAGCAGGGCGAUCCCAAGGAACUGCUCCAUCAGCCAACCUCUCGCUUCGCACAGCUGUACUCGGCUGGCGAGCUUUGA